UUCAAAGAGUCUUGAGAUCAUUACAAAGGGCUUGUAAUCCCCGUUAGUUACGUAAUAAGCCUGAGUACUGCCUCGGUGAGGUGGCGUCGCGCGAAUCCAUGUCGUCUUCCUCCAUCUACCACUCUACCUCGCCAAGUCCGGCAGGCCUGCGUUCUUCUAGUCGCCUACACGGUAGCUCGAAAAGAUGGCCAAGUCUACGUCUACAGGCUGGGAUCCAGUGCUGCUUAUAUCUCAGAUCGUCGCCAUGCAAACGCUACAUUACCUCACACUGUCCAUCCUAAUACCGCCUCUCCUUUUGAUAUUCUGCCGAUCAGACGUGCUGGACUACGUUGGAGGUGCAGCCAAUGUCGGCAUGAUUAUGGAUUGGCGUGAACUGGCUGGUAGGCCAACCAUUCACAGCGCGCAGCGGUCUUGGGGCUCGUGGAACAGCGUUUGGAGUGGGGGGAAGCAGGUUGGGUCCGGAAGCCACUUGGACGGGCACUGGGACGGUCUCGUCGAUCCGCGACGGGGCUGGAUUAUUGCUGCUUGCUGGAUAACAGCGUCUGGUGCCGACAUCUAUUAUCUGUAUACCCUCAUUCGACGUCCGCGGAUGAUCCUGGACUUCUCCUUGACGCUCAUUUUCAACCAUCUGGUCCUCACCACAUAUUACGCCGCUUCCUUUCCUACGACACUGUUCUUUUGGGGUGUCGUGAUCAUCAGUGCGGCGAUGAUGGUCAUUGUGGCCGAACAAUUGUGUGUCAAGCGCGAGAUGACCGAAGGUUUGACGGUGGCUGCCCCCACAGAAGACGAAGAUGUGGAAAUGGGAAGCCUGUUGAGACGAGACUAGUCAACAGGCAAGGAGGAUGUUGUU